GAGCCCGCCAUGGGCCUACCCACCGCCCAUGCGCACUCUGUCCGAUUAUUUGAACGGAGAACCUAAAUCUCUCUCCCUCCUUCUAUCUCUCUCUCUCUUCGCUUCCCCUUUACAAUCCACAGCUUCAUCCAUUGACCUAACCCUUUCUUCUCGAAAGCCUUAUGGCAAAUAGAACCAUCAGAAGAGAGCUCUGAGCAUGAAAUGAGACGCACAAAUUCUACAUCAAAAUCAGAUUUUUAUCAUUUCAUGGUGAUGAAGACAAGCUAACAACGCAUCAGGAAAGCUCCAACAUCUCAAAGUCGUCUCCUUUUUUUCCCAACUUUCAUCUUUCCCGCAUCUGCAAUUGGAUCCUCUCCAUGGAUCCGAUCACCGCCUCAGCACACGGCCACCAUCUCCCCCCAUCUUUCCACACCCGUGAUUUCCACCACCAGCUCCACCACCUCUCUCCCCAACUCCACCAACACCCCAAAUCAGACGCCGAUGACUUAAUCCUCCGCGGUAAAAAACGCGAGAACGCCGACGAAGACAGCUCCAACAACCACAGCGGCGGUGAGGGCAAAGAAAUCGUGCAGGUAAACGGUAGCGACGGCGAUAUGAUGCGUCGUCCUCGCGGUCGUCCUGCCGGAUCUAAGAAUAAACCGAAGCCUCCAAUAAUAAUCACUCGCGACAGCGCCAACGCGCUCCGUUCCCACGUUAUGGAAAUCGCCGGCGGUUGUGAUAUAGUAGAUAGCCUCGCAUCGUUCCGCCGGCGAGGUGUUUGUGUGCUCAGCGGCAGCGGCACCGUUACUAACGUGACGCUCCGGCAGCCCGGCUCGACUACCGCUGUCGUUACACUUCACGGCCGGUUCGAAAUUCUAUCGCUUUCGGGUUCGUUUCUGCCGCCGCCUGCACCGCCGGCGGCGGCGGCGGGACUGACGGUGUAUCUGGCGGGAGGGCAGGGGCAGGUGGUAGGGGGGAGUGUUGUGGGGCCCUUGAUAGCUUCGGGGCCGGUGGUUAUAAUGGCGGCAUCGUUUGGAAACGCGGCGUAUGAAAGGUUGCCGCUUGAGGAAGACGAAGGGAUGGGAGUUGGAGGAGGGGGAAUGGGAUCGCCGGGGAUGAGGGAGGGGGAGGACCGCAGGUUAUUUCAUGGCCUGCCGCCGAAUCUAUUGAACAAUGUGCAGAUGCCGGGGGAUGCGUAUGGAUGGGCUGCGGGAGGAGGAAGGCCAUCUUUCUAAAAAAAAAAAAAACGUUUUUUUU